ACCGAAUGUGUGAAAUACAGACAAAGCAUCUCGCGUCACCUCGCGUAAAAACAAACAAAAUAUCUGAUACGAUUACGGUGUUAUCAAUUCUUGUGUUGAAGUGAUAUUCUUUAUAUAUUUUUAUUACAUUCACUUACCGUUUCUUUCCAUUUUGUGUAACGUUUGCACAUUUUCGCGUCGUUAAGUAGCAAUCGAGGUAUAAUAACAUAUCUUUUUGGAUUUUGCAGCAUAUAUAAUUAACAUUAUUGCAAUGGAUAUCCAAGAACUGGCCAGUGCCACAAUGAAUUUUGACCGAUUAAUGAUAGAUGAAACAUUUUGUGCAAUACGUUCUAAACUUGAUGCACUGGAAAAAGAUACUAAAAAAGAUUGGUUGAUGAAAGCAAUAGGCUUUAUAGACUUAACUACGUUAGGAGGGGAUGAUACGCCAAUUAAAGUUAAAGCUGUCUGUGAAAAGGCUGUAAAUCCUCUUGGUAAACACAUAGAUUCUUUGCAUACUGCAGCUGUAUGCGUUUAUCCCAUGAGACUUUCAGAUGCAGUGGCUGCAUUAGCAGAUCUUGAUAAAGACCAUAAAGUUGCUAGAGUUACUGUUGGUGGAGGUUUUCCAUCUGGACAACUUCCACUGGAGACACGUCUCAGAGAAGUUGAAAUAGGUAUUGAAGGAGGUGCUGAUGAAAUUGAUAUUGUGAUUAAUCGAUCAUUAGCUGUAACUCACCAGUGGAAAGAAUUAUACGAGGAAUUAAAAUCAUUUAGUGCCAUCUGUGAUAAUAAAGUAUGUCUGAAGGUCAUACUAGCUACAGGAGAAUUGGGGACUUUGGAAAAUGUGUACAAAGCAUCUAUGAUAGCAAUGAUGGCUGGAGCAAAUUUUAUUAAAACAUCCACUGGAAAGGAAGUAAUCAAUGCUAUGUACUCUGUUGGGAUAGUUAUGUGUCGUGCAAUUAAACAUUACUACUCGUUAACACAGAGAAAGGUUGGUAUAAAACCAGCUGGAGGUAUAAAGACGUCCCAAGAAGCUUUGGAAUGGAUGAUGUUAGUUCAAAUGGAACUAGGAGACGAAUGGUUAACAAAGGAUUUAUUUAGGAUAGGUGCAUCCAGCUUAUUAGACGACAUUGUUAAGACAAUAAAUUCAAUGUAACAUUUUCUCGUAUUUAUGAUUUAAAUGAUAAUACUUGUUGAUAAUUGCUUAUAGUUUGUACUAUUUUGAAGCAUAUUUUAAUAAAAAUGAAUUGCAUAUCUUUA